CUAUUUUAGUUAUCUAUGAGUACAACUAUAAAAUGAUAAUAUUUAUGUUACACGAAAAUAAAUAUUCAGGGGUGUGAAACAAAUUGCCUAUGCUAAUUAGUGAUAUCCAGCAGUAUCGAAAGCUAGCUUCAAUUUUAUGAAAAUAAAUAAAUAACCUUUAACCCUAGCAUAUACAUUCAAAGAAACAAGCGAAGCCGCAAUAAGAUUAUGCAUUUAUUUUAUAAGAAUUAAUCCGACCCAGUAAGUAGUUGAGUACGCGUCCAGUUGUUUUGUAUUUCAGGUUGAAUAUGUCCAUAUUGAGAAAAAUAUCAGGUCAAGGAAUUGCAGCAAUGAAAAAAACAGACUUGUUGCUAAGGGCCAGAAAUUGCUCAAAUAUAAGCAAAGAGUUGAAUUUUGAAACUCUGUCCGUAAAAGAGACAAGGCCAUUUGUGUUCCAUGUCGAACUCAACAGGCCAGAAAAACUAAAUGCGAUGAACAGGGCAAUGUGGUGUGAUAUUGGGAAAUGUUUUACUGCCCUUGGUGACAACCCGGAUUGCAGAGUUAUUGUUUUGUCUGGAGCAGGAAAGAUUUUCACUGCAGGUCUGGAUUUUUCUGACUCUUCGUCAUUAACGAGUGCCUUUGAAGAACACGCUGAUGUUGCGAGGCGAUGCAAUGCUCUGCGUAAAACCAUCAAACUAUACCAAGACUCCAUAACGUCCUUAGAAGUGUGUCCGAAACCUGUGAUCAGCGCCAUCCACAGCGCGUGUGUGGGCGGAGGAGUGGAUCUGGUCGUCGCUGCAGACAUCCGACUGUGUUCCAGCGACGCGUGGUUCCAAGUGAAAGAGGUCGACAUUGGCAUGGCCGCAGACGUGGGGACCCUGCAGAGACUGCCCAGGGUCGUGGGGAGUGACAGUCUCGCCAGGGAGCUCUGCUACACCGCUCGCAAGAUGCUGGCGCCCGAAGCCAAGGAGUGUGGCUUCGUCAGCCGAGUGUGCGAUUCCAGAGAGAGUGUGGUGAAUGCUGCCAUUACAAUGGCUACAGAAAUAGCAUCUAAAAGUCCAGUUGCGGUCCAGUUAACGAAGAGAAGUAUUGUUUACUCAAGAGAUCAUUCUGUACAGGAGGGACUGGAUCACAUACUCGAUUGGAACAUGACCAUGCUACAAAGUGAGGACUUCAUGAAGGCUAUGAUGGCACAAGCAACAAAGAGCCCUCCGCCUGCAUUUUCAAAACUUUAAAACAAUUUUGUGCAGCCAAGUUGAAAGCCACAGAAUAUUUAUGCAUUUGCUAAGAAGUUCGCCAGCUAUCACAGAGUAAAUCAUUUGUUAAAUAUUUUAUAUAUGUAUACAAAACUAUAUUUUGUAAUAAAAUUUGCUGUUGAAUUACUA